UUAAGACCAACACAAAUGCUCUAUUAUUCCACUUCCUUUUUACCCGCACACUCUCCAAUCUCCAUCACUUCCAGCUUUUCGGACUCAGGUGCAAAUUCUCUGUAAUUUCUUUCAUUCCUUGUUUAUUUGUUAGUUAUUAUUAAGUUUUCGCCAUGUAUAAUUCAUUUAUUUUCGCAUCGCAAUUUCAUAUUUCGUUUGCAUCUGAUUUUUGAUUCCCUUCUGUUUUCUAGCCACUCUACUUCAUUUUUUUCGUCUAUUUUCUAUCUUAAGAUCAUGACACCUUAAACAACUAAAUUCCCAAAAGACCUCCUACUUCAUCAUGUUGAUUGUUGAGAAAAUAGACAUCAUUUCCUUUAACUUGAUUAACCGGCAAUUAAAUUAGCCCUAGUAAGUUGUAUUGUUGUAACCGAUAACUCGCCGGUAAAUGUGUUUUUUGAUAGGUUCAAAUCUAUUAAAUUAACCUGCGAGCUUAUAUUGCUCUGCAACUCGCCGCAAAACUUGUUUUCCCAGCAAUUUUUUUUUUAUUAUUAUUCAUUAUUACCUCAAUUUGCUGGAAAGUUGAACAUUGAACAAUUCUCCAAAUUCGUAGUCCAUAUGAGGCAGAGCACCAUAAAUUUUUUGCCAGAUUAUAUGUUGUUUCGGAUUCCUUCAUAUCCUUGCUAACUCUAAUUUCCAUGGGUUGCCGGAAAAUUACCGUAAAGUUUAUUGAUGAAGCCUAAUAACUGCUAGAGAAACAAAGUUAUCUGAUCUAUUUUUUUUUUUUUUUCUAAUAUGAUCUGAACAAUUUUUUUUAUAUCUAAUAUGAUCUGAACUUAUUUUCUUAGAUCCAGUAAGAUCAGAACUUUUUUUUGUCUUUUCUUAGUAGCCUUAGGUGGGAUUUGGGAGAGGAGAGGAGAGGAGUGGAGUGGAGUGGAGAGGAGAGUAAAUAAAAUGUAAAGGUAGAGGUUAGGUUAAGUUUGGGUGCGUUUUCUUCAUCUGAAAAAACCUGAAAAUUUAUCCGAAUUUGAUCCUUAUUACAAGUUUAAAACUUAUUUUUGAGUGUGGUGUUAAACUUAAUUAGACCUGAUCAGACAUGAUUUGAACUUAUUGGACCAAAAACUUACUUUUUAAGUUGAAGAGAACGCACCGUGCAAGUUUUUUUCCACCUAAAAUGAGUUUUGCCCAAUCACAAAUGAAUAUACAUUGGUGACAUGCAUUUCGGGGGCAUUUUGGUGAAUUACUACAUAUAUCUAUAUACAUCAUUGGUAAAUUAAUAUAAAAUAUUCAUCAUCCACAAAAUUAAAUAUGAAAGAUGAUUAAAUAAACAUGUAUCAUAUUAUUGAUAUAUAUAUAUAGAACAUCUUUUCGUUCAAGGUACAACAAUUUUUUUUUUUGAUAAGGAGAAUCUUUGACAAGUUGGGAGAGCAAGGGAUCUCAACUUGCCGAAGGUGAGAAUCGAUCCCAAGACCUCUUAGAACUGGGAGAGGUGUUCUAACCACUAAGAUAUUCCCCACUCUCUUUCAAGGAAGUCUUAUGGUGGAUGCCUUUGUCAUGUUUGUGGGAAUUCUAGCCCUUUCGACCCUUUUAACUGGGGUACUCAGUCUUGAUGACAGAAAACGAACCCUGAAGAGUAAAUUUGAGUACCUGAGAGCCAGGACAGAUGACAUAGAAAACAUUGAAAGAUCAUCCUUAUUUAAUCGGGUUCAAAGAAGCAAGAAGAGAAAGAGAGAUAAUGAUAUCUGUGUCUGGGUGGUUGAGGCUCGGGAGCUUAUGACAGUAGCAGAAAACUUGUUGACACAGGUUGAAGAAGAAUCGGAAUUUCUUAACAAGUGCGAAGAAGAGAAAGAUCAUUGACAAAUUGGUUCACGCACUGGAAGUCCAUGACAAGAAGGGUGAUAUGAUUUACAUACAUGCCUUUUCUGAUAAACAAGGCCUACAUCGUGGCAAUUGUAUACCAGUGAAGAAAGUAACAGGACAAGAGGCAGUAAAUAAUUUGGAGGAACUUCAGAAUCUAUUGAAGGAUGCUAAGGUUGGGCGAGUUGCCAUUCUUGGGAAAGAAGGAAUUGGCAAGACCUUUUUGAUGAAACACUUGCAUAAUUACGCGUUAAAAGGGGUUGAGAAGUUUGAUUAUGUUUUCUGGGUUACUUCCCCUGAGGAGUUCAGCAUAAAAAAUGUGCAAGAUGCUAUUGCAGCUGUGGUAAGGUGUGAUCUUGCCAGUGAUGAUGACUUGAAUGUAAGGGCUAGUAAACUGUCAAAUACAUUUGCAGGUCUUAGCAGAUUUUUGCUUUUCUUAGAUGGUGUUCCAAAAGUAGAUUGUUGUUUGAACCAAAUUGGAAUUCCAGUUCCUGUAGAAGGGAGUGAGUGCAAACUGGUAAUAACUACUCCUAGCUCUGCCUUUGAGUGCAGAAUGUUAAAUGGUUUUAAAACAGUUGAACUCGAUCAUCUUUCAGAAGAAGAAGCAUUCGAGUUGUUUAUGCAUGAAGCAAAAAUUGACAUGAGAUGUCCCACUUUGUUUAAUAACAUUCCUAGAUUGCUUGUCAAGAAGUGUCGUGGAGUACCACGUACAAUUGUGAACUUAGCUUCUUGCUUGCGGGGGAUCACUGAUCUCCAUGAAUGGAACAAUACACUCUAUGAAUUUGGGAAACUUGAGAAGCGAAUCAAACUCCCAUCUCAUGUCAUCACUGAUGAAAUAGCAGUGUGACAAUGAAGAAAAUCAACAUGUAAUGUUGAAUGCCUUUAAGUUUUUCUGUAUUGCUAUCGACUAUCGACUAUCGACUAUCGACUAUCGAGCAAGGCAACUUUAUACUGCCUUGAGGUUAGAUUAACGAAGACAUUAAUGGAGGUAUAUAUCCUUCGGUAUCCUGUAAGAUAUAUUAGUCUGUUGGGGGUGAUGUAGUGUCAGAUUGCAGAGUAUGUACAAUAUUUGGCACUUUAGUUUAGUGUUUGGGGGGUCAUGAGGAGUGAUAAAUCCAUAACUGUUUUGGGGCAGCUUGGCCCAUACCAUUAGCAGUUAUUGAUUUAUCAUUUUUCGGGAGUUGAUGUAUUAAAAAGUAGUUUAUCUUUCACUUACCCACUGCAAAGUGCAAUGUAAUACUAUAUAUUAGCCUUCAAAAUUCUGUUUUUCAUAGUCUA